CAGAGCAAGCGCGCUUACGAGACUGCGCCCAUCAUCACCACCACCACCACCACCACCACCACACCGAGACCCCGCAGCCCGAACAAUGGCAGCAUCCAGCGGCUGAUGCACAGAUGGAGACACGCUGGAGCUGACGAGUGGUCUUUUAAGACGCCGUCCUCACAGAUGGAGCGAUAGAGGAGAGAGAAUCCGCGGGCUGUUCUCCAUCACUGACGGGAGGCGCGUCCACCUGCGCUCGCACUGGAGGCCCGGGAUGCGCGAAAACAUGCACAAGUGCCUCUGAUUAAAGGAAAUUAUUUCAACAUUGUGCUCAAAAGAACUCGGCGUUAAGAAAUAAACACAUUCUGUCAGCUUAAAGAAUGGGUAGCGGCGGUGUAAUGAAGCCCCAAACGAGCAGGACAGACUCCCAUUGAUGGACUGGAAACAGGGUUUGGGCUCAACAGAAACCAGCGAACUGGACCAGUCGGGAUCACACAAUCUGAAUGGUGUCGCAGAUGCUGCCUUACACACAUCCUCCACAGCUGCUGCAGAGAGCACAAAGAGAGGCAAUUCGUACUGUCACAGUGUUAAAUUGGCCUUAAAGGAGCACUACUUAACACGGACACCAUCAACACGGACUCCUCUAGAGAAGCUCCCAACUGAUGAGUCCUCAAACUACACAGUAUCCUUCACACCCUCUGCUGCCAAGGGCUUGAGCCCGCUGGGCCUUUCCAAGAAGACCACAAUCAGAUCCAUUUCACCAUGAUAGAACCUGCGAGCAUCCCUGGGCUCACACAGGAGUGUUUGACUCAGCAGAGUCCCACCUGUCCGGGCUGCUUUAUUGAGACCAAGGAUUUGUCCAAUGUGGAGGCCAGUAUCAACCUCAAAAUGGCUGAUAUGACCCGGGACUACACCACCUGCCCUAUCUCUGAUAUUAACAUUCAAUGUAUGAGCACAAGUGAAACCGUAAGCUAUGGAGAAGCGCUGCUCUCGGAUCAGCUUUUGAGCUUUCCUGUCCCCAAAACCCAGCUGGUAGAGAAGAAGGACACAGAGAAAAUAGACUUAGAUGACCCAGCCUCCAAAAACCUGUAUGAGGGACUGCUAUUAGACAAGUGCAAUGGAGACGAUGGCUUGCUUACCAAUCCAAAUCAGGACUGGGGAUAUUUUGAGUCCUUCAUUAGCGAGAGCAAGAUGGAAUUGCUGGAUCUCUGCUCCAAGAACGAGUUAUCCGUAAAUCUCUUCUCUGAAGAGGACGUGGGCAAUUAUAUGUUUGAUGAUGAUGAUGACUCCACUCUGAGCAGUGACGUGUGCUCGCUAAAGAUCCGCUACGAGUCCUUCCAGGACAACAUGAGGGAGAAAACCAAUGUUCUGCAAGAAGAAACCCAGUUCAACUUUUUCCCAAGUGUUUUGGUAAACUGCACAAAGAAAGAAAGUAGUGGGGUAAAGCGAGUUGUGGAUGAUCUACCGCCAAAAUCAGAGGAGCUUGGAUUCCAAAAUGACAGCAAAGGGGAUGAAAACGACUGCUCCAUAGAGCAGACGCCCGACUACAACCCCAAAAUGAACUACUUCAUUGAUUCAAGCAACUCAGCUGAAGACUCAGGGGAGUAUAGUGAUGACAGCUCCUCCACCAUUUCCUCUCUUGACACCUUCCAAGACAACAGGCCUAAAAGCUUGUUCUCACGAAAAAACGCGAGCUGCUCAAACCCUCUGAACUAUGGAUUGCGGGCCAAGAGAAAAGUUAGGUAUAGUGAUGACUACUUGUAUUAUGUUGAGUCCACCGAUGGGGAAAGAAACAUUGAAAAGCGAGAGAAACUACCGAUUGGUCCAAAACAAGAAGAGGAUCUUGACUGGUGCCCUAAAAAGAGACGAAAAUACUCGCGCAAGGAUCCGCCUGUAAUCAUCAAAUACAUUAUCGUAAACAGGUUCAAAGGAGACAAAUGCAUGGCUGUGAAGCUGGGCAGAAUCGAAUCAGUCGACACGACGGUAAGCUUAAAUGAGGAUAAAAUCAACAAAUAUGAAAAGCUUGCACCUCUGAAAGAUUUCUGGCAGGAGAAACAGAGAGAAAGAGAGGAACAGCUUAAGCUGGCAGCAGGAGGUAAACACAAUUCUCACCAUCAUGCCUUUAGUUCAAGUCCCUCCAAAAGAAAAUUCAAGCUAGCAAACAGGCUUAGAAUUCAGAGAAUUCAUACUGUGGAGCAAUCACCCAACACACAGGGCCCCUUUGCCUCUGAUCCCAGGCAGGAGGUUUCUUCCACAGAUGAAACUGCCUCCAUGGGAAUGCCAUUAACAAUAGCCACCAGCUGCGCAAGCACAUUAGACCCCAAUGACAUCAUACACACUGCCACCCGGAAGAGCAGAUCACAAGAGAGGGAGGAAGGCAGAAUAGGAAAUAAAAUAUUCAGAAUACACAAAUUCAGAAGCGAAGCCAGACUUAGAAGCAAGAAAAUGAGAGACCUUGUGGAGAAUAGCGAGAGCGUGACAGACCUGACAGAAGUUUGCUCGCUGCAGAAAAACAUGGACGCAGUGGGAGUUGCUGAAGAUGAAAACGUCAGCCCAGCUGCACACAGUCCCCAUUUGUGUGAGAGUCAAACAGCUAAUGCCUCUGAAAAAUUUGCUUUUGUCACUACCACCUGCUCCCCGAACAAAGGCGAGGCAUCGUCUGAGAAUAUGGCUGCAAGUGUUUCCGUUAUCCCAGGGGGCUACCUGCAAACAUUGUUAGAUGCCUCUGAUUCAUCAGGUAGCACUGGCAUCCAGUUUUUCCCUCAGCAGACCCACCACUCACUGGAUCUCUCUUUGGAAAAGCAGCAAUUCACCUCAAUUCAGCUUGCACAAAGUUGCGUCCUUUCUCCACCGUCAGAAUCUGAGCUCCAACAGUCACCCCAGAAUUGUCCAACUCUUGCCCAGAUGUGGCACCCGCAGCUUGGCCCCGACCAGCAGUUUGGUGAAUCUGCGAUCCAACCCAACAGCUUCACCGGAGAGAUGGCUAUGCCAAUGUCUGGGAGUCUGACUGUGUCAGGCUAUAGUCAGCUGAGUCUGGAGAGCAACAGAAUGCUUUAUGAAAAGAAUUACAUGCCUGAGCAGCCGUUGCCUCCGGAUGCUGAGUUUCAGACUUGUCAGGGGCAGCCGCAGUUUCAAAGAGCCACACUGCACACCGACAAUGGCCGACUCAUCAGUUUCGACUCGGUUGGCUCGUUGUCAGCUACUUCUAGCAAUUACAGCUCUCUGAGUCUUAAGUCCUGCGAGAAGGACGGUGAGGAUGAUGUGAAUGAGAACUUUAUGGCCCACUGCAGUCCCAAACUGGUGAUUCAGCAGAGUGUCGAAGCUAUCACACCCCUGAGGGAGUCCACAGACUUGCUGGAUAUCUCCAACUUCACUCCCGAUAAAUUCAGACACACAUCAUUGUCAGAACUCUCGCCUCCAGAGACACCCAACUUAUCCCCUCAAGUGAUGGGCCGUGAGAUGAAGAUAGCUGGCAAUGCCACUGACCUCCAGGAUGGGGCUAAGAUGUCUUGCACCAAAGACGUGGACUGGAACUGCAAAAUGAUCGAGCAGCGAGAUCUGUCUGGGUAUUCAGUAGAUGGUCAUGAGUAUCAAUUGCACAUUUUUAACGGUGAAGACAACUUGAGCCUGGGGACGAAGGAGGAUAAUCUACCUGACUUCGAUGGUGAUAUGAUGAGUGCAAUUAAGGGGACCAAGGCAAAAAGGAAAAAUGCCAACAAACAAACUGCAGGGCAGGGUACCAAAAAGAGCAAGGCCCCAAGAGCUCCUAAGGCAGACAAGGGCAAAAUUCCACGUCAGACAUCAAGAGCGUCUAAGAAGUUAAAGGCUUUACUUGAUGAUAAAGGCCAGACUGAGGGCGCUGCUCAUCCACCACAGGACAGCGGCUCUGAGGAAUGGACAGGAAUAGUUUGUUCAGAGAGCAAAAGUCAAGCCCACGAUGACCAGCGAGAGUUUGAAGAGCCAUCCAACAUCUUGUCGAAUAUUGUCUCAGGGAUGGCCGAGGUACAGAGAUUCAUGAUGGCCUCUGUUGAGCCAAUAUGGGGCCCGGCAGCAAAUGUCUGCUUGCCCUCAGAGGCUAACAGCCUCAAGUUAAAAACUCUCAAAAUCCUUGCGGGAACUUCAUCUGACCCGAAGAAGAAAGGCACCUGUGGGGCCAAUGGGGGCACAAAAGGCCGAAAAGGUGGGACAAAAGGUGGCAAAAACCAGGCAAAGUUAAAUGCCUCCCUGCCUUUUUUCCCUCAGUUGGCUUUGGGCUGUAACGUGUUUGACAAGCCAAGCCUUGGCGUUCCUGGUGUAAACGGGCCUGCGCACAAAAAGAUGUACCGUCACAAAACCAGUGCAAAAUUCCCUCGGAUUGAAAAUCUAAAGGGCACGCGACCAAACUCAAAUAAGGACAUAUCAUUAAUGGCGUCUUUUGAGAAACUGAGGUAAUAUUUUAUAUCUAGCUGCUGAUGCACGUUCCUCACUUUCCCACUUCCUCCUCAUUUCUUGACUCAAGACCAGAGAUGCAUGGAUUUACGUUAUUCUUUAGUACCCCCUCCUUCUUUUUGCCCCCCCCGAAGAGGAUAUUGAUAUCUUGCAUGAGAAACUUCUUGUACUCGCAAACUACCUAUUGAUUGAUUGUGCAAGGCUUGAUUUGAGAUUUUAAAUGACCAUGGCUGCAUUUUUCUUCUGCAUUCUUGUUUUUGCUGUUUUUUUCUCCCCCCUCGCAGUUGCUGAUUAGUUUUUGUCUGAAGAAAAGGAAAAACUUUGUUAAGUGCAAAUUCUCUUUUUGGACCUUUUUUGUUUUGUUUUGUUCAGUUCUCGGCGAAUCUUGCUGCCCUCAUGUAAUUAUAUUUCUCUCUUCAAACAUGUAGCUAUUAAAAUGUCUUUGUGUGAAACAAGCUCCCGAUUUGAUUAUGUAUGCUGAAACAGAAGCCCUCUCGACUCUUUUUACCCUUUUACUGCCUGACUUUUUUAAGUGUGAAUUGCUCAGCCCCUCGUCUAAGAUAACAACAUCCUUGGUAUAUCCCGAAACGUUAUCAGCACACAAUGGGACCAUUUUGUAUCGAAGACAUAUCAGAUUAAUGUUGUUCUAAUUACUUUCUUACUGUUGGAAUGUACUUAUGAUUUUCUCUUAUUACAGGAGUUGUACUGGAAAAUGUUUAAAUGGACAUUUCUAUGCCAUGGAAAUCUCCAAGUGCUUCAUUUUUGAUUUUUUUGGUUUUUUUACAGUAUAUUUACUGUAUCACUCUACAGAAAUGCACUCUUUAAAAUGAAUUUGUGUCCCAAAUAUAAAUGACCUGUGCCCGUUUAUAAUCCGAAUGAAUGCUGGCUGUUCUCUCAAGACUUGACAAGAUCUGACAUUUCGUUUUGGUUGGUUGUUUUGUCUGUUUUCUUUGGGCACCCUAUCGUUUGAAGAGCACCUGCAGCUGACAGUGGUACAACCACUCAACCAAAACAACUAAACUCUGAACUUUUUUACUUUUCCCACCUUGCUUGCCAAACUCAAUGUACCUCUUCUGCUUAGAAACAAAAAGAGAAGAAAAGAUUGACUUCUAAACAUGAGAAAGGUGGACGCUGUAUGGUAUCAGUUGGUAAGCAAUCAUUUCACAUCUACCGUGACAGGGACUGGGAACAUAAUGUUCCAUAUUUUGCGUAUUUGUUGAAUAGAAGACUUUGAUAAUUAAGAAAGUGUAAAGGAUGCCUCUUUUCCUUCAACCCACUUUUUGCCAUAAAUGUUUAAGUAUCCUGUGUUGACAAUUUCAUCUGGCAACAAGUACAUUUUGAUUGGACAUGCUGUUUGUUUUUUUGUUUUUCAUUUGUGAUUUGUUCAGCCUAGUUCGUUUUAAUAGUGGAACACAUUUGCUUUGCUUUUGUUGCAGAAUUUCCACCUUUGAAACCAAAUUGGUCCUUUCAAAAGCACAUUGGCAUUUUACCACAUAUAGAUUUAUAAAUGACCCCUUUGAUUUAAAAGAGUUGAUCUAGGAGGAUAUCUCAGGUAAAGUAAUGCCUUACAUAUAGCUUUUACCUUAGAAAGAUUUCACUCCGCCACCCCCUCCGGGCCAAGUUUAGCACCGGGACGAUGCUGAUGGGAAACUGCACAUGGGCCGCUCGCCCGAUUUGCCUGCCUUCUCUCAUUUCUGCCUGUUGUCAACUUGAAUGUACUUCUAGUUUUUUACAAUGUGCCACUGUUAAGCUGCCUCCUCCUACUGGUGCUAAGAAGGUAAUUGAUGAAACAAGGAAUAUUUGAAUCGAAAACCCCUACUCCUCUCUUUAUGAAUGUACGAUAUAUGGUUCUGUUUGAUGUAUUCACGACACAACUAUUUGUCAUUAAUUGGAAUUGCUUUUGCCUUUUUGUUGGAGAAAUUAUCAAGCUUUAUAAAUAUUGUCUAGAGUUGAUACCAGAGGGACUCUCGACGUCACGAAAAAAUUGUAUAUUUUUCUCUGUGCCAAUUUGUAAGAUAUUUUGUAAGUGUAUAUUUUUCUUAGAAAGUGCUGUGAAGUAUUAGUAUGUGUGUGCGUGUGUGCGUGCGUGUGUGUGUGUGAGUAACCUUUUUUGUGCCUCUGUAGGCAGUGAAAAGGAUGUAUAAUGACAAGCUUUUUGGUUUUAAAAACCAAAAUAUUGCUAAACAAAAAAUGAAAAGGAUAAAAAACCUUUUGUUGCAAGUUUUGUAAGAGGAAAAGUAUCUUGUUGUGAGAGUGUUGUGUUAUUGUGAAAAACACAUAUAGGCAAAAAAGUUCAGACAAAAAUUGUGAAUUAUUCGCUGUUUUAUAGAUUUUCUUGUAAAUUAUUCUUGUAUUAUUUUAUGUUGUAUCUGUUGCAAAGGUUUUAAAUAUUUGUGAUCAAGCCUGUAUGGUGAAAUGUAAUACUGGUAACUUGCUGAGUUUUGUAAUAAUGUUUAUGGAGUACAUAUACAAAUUAAAAGAAGAUUUUGAAUGCUG